AUGGCAUUGGUUAAAAGAACUAAUGUUCAAUUUGGAGGGAUCUUGUUGUCCUUGGCAGGAUGGAUUCUCUCUUGUGUGACUACCUAUGUUCCCGUUUGGAAAAACCUCAACUUGGAGCUAAAUGAGUUAGAAAACUGGACUAUGGGACUGUGGCAAACCUGUGUGGUUCAAGAAGAAGGGCCUAUGCAAUGCAAGGAUUUUGAUUCUUUUCUGGCACUGUCUUCUGAGCUAAAGAUAUCAAGGAUCUUAAUGUGCUUAUCCAAUGGCUCAGGUUUGGUUGGGCUUCUGCUCUCAACUCUUGGCCUGGAAUGUGUGAGAAUUGGAAAAGAAAUUCAACCACAGAAAAACCGUCUCCUACUCUUUGGAGGCAUCAUGCUUUGGACUUCAGGAUUAAGUGCCCUAAUCCCUGUGUCCUGGGUGGCUUAUGAUACAGUCCAGCAAUUUUGGGAUGAGACCAUUCCAGACAUUGUCCCAAGGUGGGAGUUUGGGGAAGCCUUGUUCAUGGGCUGGUUUGGAGGAUUUUUCCUAAUACUCGGUGGCUCAAUACUUACUUCUUUAUACUGUUUUGCACGGGCAGACCAUGCACCUGUGUACUACACAACCACACCGCAGCACGAGAAAUGUCUUCACUUGGACUCCAAAUAUCCAGAUCUCACUAUAUGAAGCCCAAGAGCUUUAGGGAAAAAAAUAAAUAAAGUCAAACAAGGUAGAUUUACUAUAGGUAGGCUAUUAUU